AUGAUAGCUCCAGUGUCACUGUCAGUGUCGACUGUGCGGCCUCCACCAGCAGAGCACUGGGCCAGCUCUGGCCCUACUCAAGGUUCUGAGUUUUUAUUUUUCAUCACACCUGGACAAGAUGAUCCAAAUAAUCUGCCUGGCCAUGCUUCUCCCUUCGGCGUGUUUGGGGUUGAUCUGUCCAAGACAUUAAUUAAAGAUGAUGUCGUCUUUGUGCCUGUAGUGGUUCAUUCAGCUCAGGGUCACUAUGCCCAGAAGCUACUCAAUGAUUUGAUGGAGAACUAUACUAGUUCCCUGCGGCCCGUGGAGGACACAGACCGAGCACUGAACGUCACUUUACAGAUCACGCUCUCGCAGAUCAAGGAUAUGGAUGAGAGGAAUCAGGUGUUGAUCGCAUAUCUGUGGAUAAGACAGAGGUGGCACGACGCUUACCUGAAGUGGAAUAAGGAAGACUACGACGGAUUGGAGAUCAUCCACAUCCCCAGCAACCUUGUGUGGAGACCUGACCUCGUCCUCUAUAACAAAGCUGAUGAUGCCUUGUCUGGGCCCAUGGACACUAAUGUGAAGUUGCGCUACAAUGGAGAGAUCACCUGGGACGCUCCCGCCAUCACCAAGAGCUCCUGCGUGGUGGACGUCUCAUACUUUCCCUUCGACAGCCAGGAAUGUAACCUGACCUUUGGAUCCUGGACCUACAAUGGAAACCAGGUGGACAUUUUCAUGGGCAUGGACAGCGGUGACCUGUCCGACUUUGUAGAAAAUGUGGAGUGGGAGUGCCACGGCAUGCCGGCCACAAAGAACGUCAUCAUGUACGGCUGCUGCUCCGACCCGUACCCGGACAUCACCUACACUGUGCUGCUGCAGCGCCGCUCUUCCUUCUACAUCUUCAAUCUCCUCCUUCCAUGCUUUCUCAUCUCCUUUUUGGCUCCUCUUGGAUUCUACCUGCCUGCCGACUCUGGGGAGAAGGUUUCCCUGGGGGUAACAGUGCUUCUGGCUCUCACCGUGUUUCAGCUCAUGGUGGCUGAGAGUAUGCCUCCCUCAGAGAGUGUGCCUCUUAUAGGCAAGUACUAUAUUGCCACCAUGACAAUGGUCACAGCCUCCACAGCUCUCACCAUCUUCAUCAUGAAUAUCCACUUUUGCGGUCCCGAGGCCAAACCGGUUCCACACUGGGCAAAGGUCCUCAUCAUUGACUACAUGUCUAAGAUCUUCUGUGUGUACGAGGUGGGCGAGAACUGCGCCUCCUCCCCAUCCUCGUCUUUUUCAUCGCCUCACUCGGCUCAGGAUGACGUCAGUCGCCAGUGCCUCACAUCGCAUAUUGGAGCAAAUGGCCAAGUGGGAUGUCACAGUAGUCGAGAAAAGCGACUGGGUCAAAACAACCCCAAGCCUCAGACCCCGACACCACAAGAACGUCCUAAAAUAAAAACUCAACACCACAUCACAAGGGCAGAGAGGAGCCUCUUUUCGACCUUUCCACUUGGGAAGUACGAAUGCUCAAAUAGCAAGAUUUCGGCAAGGGACUCUAAAGACGAUCAAAAGGUUCCAUGUUGCCAGAGUGACAAAAAUCCACCCUGCUGCCCUGAAGACAAAAAAACACCAGUUCAAGUCCCUACGGUAACAUUUGGUCCCUGUGUGUUUUGUCGUCAUAGCAACGGCACCCCAGGUGGGGACGCUAAAUUGGUGCGUAACGUAGAGUACAUUGCAAAUUGUUUCCGAGAGCAGAGGGCCACAUGCGCCAAGGGAGCCGAGUGGAAGAAGAUUGCUAAAGUGAUGGACAGGUUCUUCAUGUGGAUCUUCUUCAUCAUGGUCUUUCUUAUGAGCAUCCUUGUCAUUGGAAAAGCCCCAUGACCAAUACUGCCACUCUAUUUUGAAAUUGCUCAGUUCUUCUGGCUUCAAUAAAAACCGUACAGUGAUCUGGGUCACAACAUCUGAGCCCUACCACAAAUAGCAAAACUCUGCAAUUACUUGAAGAGCUUUUAAGAAGAUUUGAAAAAAAUCACAUGGGUCUGUUGUACUACACUUAAUGAUGCAUUUAAAACCAGAUCUUGAACUUAAAGCUCAAUAUUAAAAACUUU